AUGGCACUGGCACCGCUCUGCCGCCGCCCAUCUCCGCCGCUGCCUUCGGAUCCACCACGCCGUUGCCGGACUUUCAUCUACCGCACCGCCAGAGCAAUUGUUGCCUUGAAGAAAGUUACCCAGUUAAUCAAGUAUUGCCGGAAAAGGAAGCCUAAGUUGUGCCCAUUCAGAAUUUUUGCGGAUGAAACAACACUAAUCUGGUUCUCUCGCGGACAGGAAAGGAACCUAAAAUUGUCUUCAGUUUCAAGGAUUAUCCCUGGACAAAGAACUGCUGUGUUUAGAAGAUACUUGCAGCCCGAAAAAGAUUACUUGUCAUUUUCUCUUCUAUAUAAUAACGGUGAAAGAUCACUUGAUCUGAUCUGCAAGGACAAGGCUGAGACAGAGUUAUGGUUUGCACGGCUUAAGGAAUUAAUUCCUUCAGGACAACAACGUACUAGACGUAGUAAGAGUGAUUAUUUCUAUGAUGGUAGUGACAUUAUUCAAAAUGGCAGUCCCUUAAGAGUAUCCUUUGAUUUCGCUUGUAUUGCACAUGGUAGAGUGUCUAUUGAUUUAAAUUCUUCUCGCGAAUCUCCAUUGAAUCUUGUGGGCUCAUAUGUGGCUUCGGAAUGCACAAGUAUGCAACUAAGAACAAAUCCUGGAGAUGGUUUUCGGAUUAGUGUUUCAAGUACUCCUAGCUGUUCAAGUGGAGGAUCGGGACCGGAUGAUAUAGAAUCACUAGGAGAUGUUUAUCUUUGGGGAGAGGUUUCGCUUGAUGGAACCUUACAUGAUGGGUCUAUGAGCCCAGUUCCUAUAAAAACUGAUGUGCUUACCCCAAGGCCACUAGAAUCGAAUGUUGUUCUCGACGUGCAUCAGAUUUCUUGUGGUGUAAGACAUGUGGCGCUUGUGACAAGGCAAGGUGAGGUUUUCACCUGGGGUGAGGAGUCUGGUGGAAGACUUGGCCAUGGCAUUGAUAAGGACUUUAGUCGCCCUCGCCUCGUCGAGUUCCUCGCAAUCAAUAAUGUUGGUUUUGUUGCAUGUGGUGAGUAUCAUUCAUGUGCUGUAUCCACAACUGGUGACUUGUUCACUUGGGGUGAUGGUGCCCACAAUGCUGGACUUCUUGGUCAUGGCACUGAUGUUAGUCACUGGAUCCCUAAAAGGGUUAAUGGUCCUUUGGAAGGACUUCAGGUUCUGUCUGUUGCAUGUGGCACUUGGCAUUCGGCAUUAUCAACUUCCAAUGGGAAACUUUUCACUUUUGGUGAUGGAACCUUUGGUGUUUUGGGCCACGGGGAUCGCCAGAGUGUUUCUUAUCCAAGGGAGGUACAGUUGUUGAGUGGCCUAAAGACCAUAAAAGUUGCAUGUGGAGUGUGGCACACUGCGGCAAUUGUAGAGGUUGCAGGUCAGGCUGGUAGUAGUAUCUCAUCUAGAAAGCUCUUCACUUGGGGCGAUGGCGAUAAAAAUCGUUUGGGUCAUGGAAACAAGGAAACUUAUCUUCUUCCAACAUGCGUCUCUUCACUUAUUGAUUACAACUUCCAGCAACUAGGGUGUGGACACACUAUGACUGUUGCCCUCACUACAUCAGGUCAUGUGUUCACCAUGGGCGGUACUUCACACGGGCAGCUAGGGAAUCCAAGCUCUGAUGGAAAGACACCUUGCUUGGUACAAGAUAAAUUGGUGGGUGAAUUUGUUGAAGAAAUAUCCUGUGGGGCAAAUCAUGUUGCUGUCCUGACUUCAAGAAGUGAAGUAUUCACAUGGGGAAAAGGCGCUAAUGGAAGAUUGGGACAUGGGGAUACAGAAGAUCGAAAAACCCCGACUUUGGUCGAGGCAUUGAAAGACAGGCAUGUGAAGAACAUAUCUUGUGGCUCAAAUUUCACGACAAGCAUAUGCAUUCACAAGUGGGUCUCUGGAGCUGACCAAUCAGUCUGCUCAGGUUGUAGACAAGCAUUUGGUUUUACCCGAAAGAGGCACAACUGUUACAACUGCGGGCUAGUGCAUUGCCAUGCUUGUAGUUCAAGAAAAGCAUUCAGGGCUACAUUGGCUCCAAUUCCCGGCAAACCACAUAGAGUGUGUGAUGCUUGCUAUGCAAAGCUAAAAGCUGCUGAGGCUGGUAAUUCUUCUAAUUAUAACAGGAAAGUUACAACCACUCGUCGGUCAAUCAAUUCGAGGGAUUUUUCAAGUAGGGUAGAGGUAAGGUCUUCAAGGGUUCUGCUAUAUCCUACUACAGAACCAGUCAAGUACCUUGAAGUCCGGUCUGGAAGAUCAGGAACCAAAGGAACCAAAUCUGAUUACUCCUCAAUGGUUAGGGCUUCCCAAGUUCCAUCCCUUUUACAACUAAAAGAUAUUGCAUUUCCUAGCUCGCUGAGCGCUAUUCAGAAUGCUUUGAAGCCUGUUACGCCAACAUCACCUCAUACCUCCGUCAACUCUAGAACAUCUUCGCUGUAUGCUAGGAAACCAAGCCCUCCACGUUCAGCAACUCCUGUGUUUUCCAAGAGUGUCAUUGACAAUAUCAAGAAGUCAAAUGAGCUCUUGACUCAAGAAGUAACGAAGUUGCAUGGCCAAGUUAAAAGCCUGAAGCAGAAGUGUGAUGUUCAAGAUGCAGAGAUGCAACAACUAAGGAGAGAUGCCAAAGCAGCUACUUCAUUUGCUGAAGGGCAAUCUUCCAAAUGCAAAGUAGCCAAGGAACUUGUUAAGUCCUUCACGGAACAGUUGAAGGCAAUAACAGAGAAGUUGCCUACAGAGGAUUCAGAAAACGAAAUCAUGAAAUCCUUGCAUGUUCGGGCUGAAGAUUUUCUAAACAUGACCAAUGAGACAACAUCUGAAACUUCUUCUUCCUUACGAACAAGCUUAGAGCGUGAGCAUCGACACACAAAUCACCUUUCUCAUGAAGGUGGAGACACUUCUCCACACAGUGACAAACCAUCUAUUUCCAGAACUAGAGAGGAUGAAACUCAACCAAGCUCAGAAGACGGCUCCAAAUCCCAUCGAUCCUUGGCUAUGAAGGCUGAAAAGGGGAAAGAAGUUAUUGAACAAUUCGAACCCGGCGUAUAUGUAACUCUCAUCCAACUUCAAAAUGGCACAAGGAUUUUCCGGCGUGUUAAGUUCAGUAAACGAAGGUUUAGCGAGCAGCAGGCCGAAGAAUGGUGGAACAACAACAAAGACAGGCUGCUUAAGACAUAUAGCGUUCCGGAAAAGGUGAACCCGGCUCAAACUGGAUCUUCCAGCACGCCCGCCCCUGCGCCCGUUCCUGCGCCUGCUGAGGAAAGCUCCCACACUGUCUCAUCUUCCUAGACAUUAGUGAAAGAUCAAACAAAAUAUGAAAAACGUACACGGCUUUGGAAGUAAAAUUUCCAAGUGUUCAUUGACCUUUCUCUUGGAAGUCACCGGUGCAAGACGAGCUUCUGUUGCCAAUGCCUCAUUUUCCCUAAUCAACUCAUCAUGUCAUUUUUUAUUAUUAUUUUUUUUGAAUUCCUUAUCCAAGUUAUAACUCUAAUUUCUCACCGCACCACCUCAUAUUUGAAUCAAUAUAUACAUGUAUGUGUAUAUAUAUAUAUAUAUAUAUAUAUAUAUAUCAUAGUGACGUACGUGAAAAAAUGAUUACAAUUGUAGUAUACAUGCAACAUCCACGAAGCCCUCCUAUUACCUAGAUCUAGCUUUAAUGGUGUGCAUUGGUUGUGAACAUGAAGAUUAAGUUUCUAUUGAUUGUAACAUAUUUAAUGAAGCUUGUGCAUUUCAAGUGAUGCAAA